UGGCAUAUUUGGCCCUUUCUGGGAAACAAUACAAGCGACCUUUUAUGGAACUCAGCCAAGUUGUGAAGGAAAGUGACUUGAAUCUUGAGAAAAUAGUGCUGAGACUUGAAGAACCUAAGACUAAUCACUUCUCAACAAAAUAAAAACACUGAUUUAUUUAAAUCCAUGAUCUGUGUGAUGGAAGGUAAAUAGGAACAAAAGUGAGUCAAGAGCGAGUAAACCUGAUGCAGAUGGGGUAAAAUUCUCUCCUAAAAACACCCAUCUUUCUCCAAUAAAAUGACUGUCACCUAAAAAGUCAAUCAAGGGACCUAAAUUGGGACAAACUAGUUACCCAAUAAUAGUUGAUCAGAGUAAGAGCAUCGAAUCAAGCCCAUGUAAGCCUGAAUAUAAGACUCAUCGUAAUCCCCAAUCAAAUGCCUGGUUCCAUAGCUUGAUCUUUUAGGAAUCGGGACCGUUAAAAUUAAGUAUUUUCAAUAAUUUU